CUUCAGGACACGACCAAGGACCACCAGUGGAUCAUCUGCGACGGCCCCGUGGAUGCUCUAUGGAUUGAAAACAUGAACACGGUCCUGGACGACAACAAGAUGCUGUGUCUGGCCAACAGCGAAAGGAUCAAAUUCACACCGUACAUCCACAUGGUGUUUGAGGUGCAAGACCUCGCCGUGGCGUCCCCGGCCACCGUCAGCAGGUACCCGGAAGUGGUCACGGUGGCCGUCUUUUGAUAUAAUCAUUAUUUUUUUUGUUAAAGUCCCACAGCCACAGGUGUGCCCUGUCUUAGGGCGAACAUUCGCACUUUGAGAAUCAUUGGUUCCGGCGCAGGCCGUAUGGUAAGCACCAAGCUUCCAUUCUGUGUUGAUCCACUGUACAAUGAUGUGACGUCUUAGCUCUGCUCUGUUGGUAGAAUUAACACAGCGACCUGACAAAAACCUUUCCGUGGGGAACAAUACCUCCAACCAGUGGCGCAGCCAGGGUUGAUAUCACCUGGUGCGGUCCGCACCCCCCGAACCCCUCUUAGAUGCGCCACUGCCUACAACUGUCUGUUUUCAUGUCUGGCUAGAAAUUGAUAUCUCCCCCCCUCUCUCUCCCUUCUCUCUAUUUCUCACCAUCUCUCUUCCUUUCUCACUCUCUCUCUCCUUUUCUCCCUCUCUCUCCAUCUCUUUCCCUCUCCUUCCCUCUUUUUCUCUUUCCCUCUCUUUCAGUGUGUUUAAGUCUAUUUGUCAGCCCGUCCCUUUAACUUCUUACUUGUUUUAGCCUACAUGGCACAGGGCACAUUUAAAUAUAUGGCAAAGCGAUCGAAAUUGACAUGGCUGAAAUUUCCAUGGCACAUUUUCCCAAGAACGUUAAGUCUAAUUUUUUUCUCUGAAUAUGACAGUGCUACGUUCCUUCCAACCCCCUUGAUCCGCCAUUGAAGUCUCCUCCCCGCUUUCCCCUUUUCCAGGUGUGGGAUGGUCUACAUCGAUCCCGAUGAGCUGAAGUGGAUGCCGUACGUCCGUACCUGGAUGGAGUCACUGUCCAAAAGAAUGUCACCUGAAGCG